CGGGCCUGGAAGAUGGCGGCGAGCACCGCGAGCGGCUUGGCCCGGCAGUAGCGGUGGCACGGACUCGCCACGGGGCCGCCGCCCCCGGAGUGGCAGCAGCGGCGGCGGGACUCGAGGAUGGUAAAAUGACGCAGGGGUAGAAGAAGAAACGGGCUGCGAACCGCAGUAUCAUGCUGGCCAAGAAGACCAUCAUUAAGGACGGAGGCACGCCUCAAGGAAUAGGCUCUCCCAGUGUGUACCACCCGGUCAUCGUCAUCUUUUUGGAGUUUUUUGCUUGGGGAUUACUGACGGCACCCACGUUGGUGGUGUUACAUGAAACCUUCCCUAAACAUACGUUUCUGAUGAAUGGCCUGAUUCAAGGAGUCAAGGGUCUGCUGUCCUUCCUCAGUGCCCCGCUCAUUGGUGCUCUUUCUGACGUCUGGGGCCGGAAGUCCUUCUUGCUGCUGACAGUGUUUUUCACCUGCGCCCCAAUCCCUUCAAUGAAGAUCAGCCCGUGGUGGUACUUUGCCGUCAUCUCUGUGUCUGGGGUGUUUGCAGUGACGUUCUCCGUGGUGUUCGCAUACGUGGCGGACAUAACCCAAGAGCAUGAAAGAAGCAUGGCCUAUGGACAGGUCUCCGCCACGUUCGCCGCGAGCUUGGUGAUCAGCCCUGCCAUCGGCGCAUACCUGGGCCGGGUGUAUGGGGACAGCCUGGUGGUGGUCCUGGCGACGGCGAUCGCGCUGCUGGACAUCUGCUUCAUCCUGGUGGCUGUGCCCGAGUCUCUGCCUGAGAAGAUGCGGUCCGCGUCCUGGGGGGCACCCAUCUCCUGGGAGCAGGCCGACCCCUUCGCGUCCCUGAAGAAGGUGGGCCAGGACGCCAUCGUGCUGCUCAUCUGCAUCACCGUGUUCCUCUCCUACCUCCCGGAGGCGGGCCAGUACUCCAGCUUCUUCCUGUACCUCAGGCAGAUAAUGAAGUUUUCACCAGAAAGUGUGGCGGCCUUUAUCGCGGUCCUCGGCAUCCUCUCCAUCAUUGCACAGACCAUAGUCUUGAGUUUACUCAUGAGAUCCAUUAGAAAUAAGAACACCAUUUUGUUGGGCCUGGGAUUUCAGAUCUUACAGCUGGCGUGGUAUGGCUUCGGUUCAGAACCUUGGCUGAUGUGGGCCGCAGGGGCCGUGGCCGCCAUGUCCAGUAUCACCUUUCCUGCCGUCAGCGCACUCGAGUCCCGAACUGCUGAUGCCGACCAACAAGGUGUUGUUCAAGGGAUGAUAACAGGAAUUCGGGGGCUGUGCAACGGUCUGGGACCGGCUCUCUAUGGGUUCAUUUUCUACAUAUUCCACGUGGAACUGAAAGAGCUGCCAAUGACAGGAACGGACUUGGGGACAAACACCAGCCCACAGCACCACUUUGAACAGAACUCCAUCAUCCCCGGCCCGCCAUUCCUCUUUGGAGCCUGUUCGGUGCUGCUGGCUCUGCUGGUGGCCUUGUUUAUCCCGGAACACACCAACCUAAGCCUGCGGUCCAGCAAUUGGAGGAAGCACUGUGGUGGCCACAGCCACCCUCAUAGCGCACAGGCGCCAGGAGAAGCCAAAGAACCCUUACUCCAGGACAUGAACGUGUGAGCGUGCUGCCGCGGCCAGGGAGCCUUCUCCAGCUGCACCAGGCUGACUGCGCCUGAGUGCUGAUGUACAUACAUUCCACGUCACCUCCACACUCUAAGGGUGUCUUAAGGAACGGAUCUGCAUGGACUCCGGGGAACUAAAGAAAGAACUGGACAGUUUUCCAAAGAUGUUACAAUUUCUUUUGAAAAGAAACCUUUUGUUUAACCGCACCACUUCCUUGCCACCAAGCUGUUUAUUAUAUAUGUCCUUUCAUUAAAGCUCUAUCUGUGACUUCU